AUGCCUUCUCCCAUGGCCAGCCUCGAACAUGACAAGCGGUCUCUGGUGCAUCAGCGUAGACUUGCCGAGGCCCCUGCACAGCAGAACAAAAGGACUACGCAGAAGAAUCCCAGCCCCCACGAGGGACGCAUGGAAGAAGUUCCAUUAGGACAGCACCCAUUCGUUCGCCAGAAGGUCGAAGAGCUAGUGGAGACUCGAGUGCCUCGAGAACAGACUGUCAUGAAGGCAGUGAGCCGCCUGGCCACUCUGCGCACCACGUCGCAGUAUCACGCUUCUUCAGUAGGAAAGUGGGAAACGGAGAACUUCGAGACAUGGGUGAAAAGUUACGGUGGACGUGAGGCGGCUGACGAUCUGCCGCCGCAAGAACAGCGACGAGCAGUGGGUUUCCCCACGUGGCGUGCUCCACCGCCCACACCAAAUGGAUACGGUUCCAGGCAAACUCUUGGAGGGGGAAUCGGGUGGCGAAGGCCCUGUGGAUGGUCGAGCUCUGGUUGCGGUACGCGGUCGCCGAACGCGCUUGAAGCCUUAACACUUCCAGUGGGUCAGACUCACUGGGAGAAAGGCGUCCAUUGCCGCGUCCUGGAGUCGGUCAACAGGGAAGCAACGCGCAUGGCCAUCGUACAGUCCGAGUUCUCACGUAAUGUAGCGGGACGUGUUGACGCAGAUGCCGGCAAAGCCAUGAUGGACAAAGACGCCAGCAGCUGGUGGCCCAACCCACAACAGCAGAAGGAUGCUGAAGCGAAAGUGUUAUCCGUCAUGGGAGAGCGCAACUUCAAUUGCCUGCUGGCCGCUACCCUCCUUGUUAAUCCGGUAGUGCAGGAAUACGUACAGUGGCUUGUUCAAGCGGAAGCAAAAGGGGUGAGGGAGUUGACAGUUCUCCUAGAGGAGGAGAUGGCAAUCGCACGCGGAGGGACACGUUUAGCGUUCGGCGCUGAACUCAUGGAACUGCACCUCCGUGGACUUGCUGCCCGACCAGCGACGUGGAAAGAUGGCCCAUCUUCAGAAUUGCUUCUCUGGCUGGCUAAUCAGCAUUUGCGCAAUCGCCAAAACGUUUUGCCGCGGCAAAAGGGCGGACGCCUGCCUCGAUCCAGGCAACUUGCUUCACCAUCGCUGGGAGCAAGAGUUCUAGACCCUAUUGAGGAAGAAGAUUUACCGGGUGAGGGCUCGGAGUCCGGACUUGGAGGCGCAGGUAUUACCGACAAGCUGAGCCCAGCCGGGAGGCGACCAGGCAGUGCUACGCGCUCGCCAACUUCGAAAAGUACCUUACAACUCGAACGAUGUGGAUUUUCGUUGAAAGAUAAAAUAUGCCUACGCGGAGAGAUUCCCGGCCUAAACCUCAUACUCCGGGACUUAUCUCAGCAGUAUAAGGACAAAGAUCCCAAUAAAGCAGUGGCAAUGAUGAGGGAAGCCAUUUUGAUAUCUCUGGGAGAUGCGCUGUUCUCACGGAUGAUGGAGAGACGGGCACUAAAGUGGCAUCCUGCUGGCAGCGGGAAAAAAACUGGAACAUUUAGUAGAAAAGAGCGUCUUCAGGUGGCUCCUCUUAACCAGUGGAAGGAUCUCCUUCGGUGA